AUGGAGCGGCCCAGAAAGAUUGGUGCUAAGUUCAGUGGCAAAGAUAUUGUUGCUGAUGAUGUAUUACAAGAUAUCACAACUACCUGGGAUAGUAAACGAGACCGUUGGAAUGGAUAUGAUGCCCAUGAGUAUAAAAAGGUGGUAGAACGGUUUGAAGAGAAGGAGAGACAGAAGAAAGCAGACGGGGAAUUAGAAGAUGACGAUGACGAUGAAUUAAAAAAGACACAGGAUGGUCAGCUUGGAGAAAAAGUCCGAAGUCUACGUGAAAGGGGCGACAAAGCUGCAUACUUGGAAGACCUGUCCGAAGAUGCAGUUGAAUUUAAUCCCAAGACCCGAACAAUGCGGACAGAAGGUGGGACAAUUAACGACAACGGACAGUUUGAACGGAAAUUAAGUGACAGUGCAUUAGAAUAUGAGAAUCUACGACAAAAAGCUGAGGGGCUCUCAGAACAGGGUAUGGCUAUCCACAUGGAAGCGUCGCCCACUGAAGCGGUUCUCAAGCUCAAACAGUUACAGCAAGAAAAAGAGUCACAAAAGCAUAAACUCAAGCAGGAGCUGCUUGAAAAGUAUGGUGGAGCUGAGCAUUUGGCACCGAGGCCAAAAGAAGUCGAAAUCGUCCCAUUGGAAGCAUCAACGGUAACAAAAAGCGGUGAAGACAAGCCGGGCCUGAAACCAUCUUCUAUAAAAAGCCGCUACCCAGAAGAUAUUUACCCUGGCAACCACUCGUCAGUAUGGGGUUCGUACUGGAUUAAUGGCAAAUGGGGGUUUGCAUGCUGCCAUUCUCUCGUCAAGCACUCAUAUUGUCUAGGAGAGAAGGGUAUUGAGAUCAAUGACAGCAAGGAAGAAGUCCCACAGGUAUCGACAGAACAUCCAAAUAAGCGUUCAUACGAUGAAGUCUCGCAGUGA